GAUGGACCGUGCUUUCAGCUGUCCGUCUGCUCCAACUUUGAUACUUGUGGGGGGUACGAAAUUUGUGUGGCGUUUUUUGAAGUGCAUGUUUCACAGAGGUCUAAGUCCAUAGAUCCACCAUCGAGCUGGCCCCUGUUGUCAGGGUUUCAUUCGGACCCUAGGUAGAGGGCCUGUCUCCGAGGCAGCCACCCAGCAUCUGUCAAACGGAUACUGGACGCUGGACGUUCUUCGUCGUCGGUUUUUUCUUUUUAAUUCUGGGUCCAUCCCUAAGUUAUGUUUUCGGGACUGAUAUAAAGGUUUAGUGUUUACGUCGUCUUGGACAGCUAAUGUUCCAACAGCUGCGAUGGCGAACAAGGCGGUCCUAGCUCUCGCACUGCUUCUGUGCGUCGCUUCAAGUGCGUUAGUGCAGUCCACAACCGUGCGACAUGAGUCUGCUCUACGCGCAGAAGCGGAGACCGGCUUGCAGACCUUUCAACACGAGAGAUCCAGAGACACUACACAAUCAGGGGCGACGUUCGAGGAUGUUACUGACGAAUGUCUCACGUUGCACAACAAGUUCAGAACAGCAGGACUUGACGUUUCAGUGCCGGAGCUCGUCGCGAACGACACAGCACGUAAAGUUGUGCUAGAGAUUGUGAAGAAGCGAGCUGAAGACAACUGUUCCUCACAAACCCACUCGGAGGAGGCUCGUAGAGCUGGAUUGGGUGAGAACAUCUUCUUCGCGAACGACGCAUCCUGCGGAGUCGGUGUGCAGAUGUGGUACAACGAGGUCAAUCUUUUAAAGGGAAAGUACCCCGGAACCGAGUGGAACCGACGGGGAGCCAUCGGCCACUUCACCCAGAUGAUGUGGGACAGCACUACUGGCCUCGGGUGUGCACGGACAACAAGUUGCCCAAACUGGAAUCAACUUUUCUGCGUUUACAAACCCGCAGGGAACUGGAUCGGAGUAGCGCCAUUCUCGGAAGCUGUUUGGAUGUCGAUCAUGAAACGUGACGGUCUGUCGGGCGCCAUGUCGAUAGCCCAAGUUAGCACAGGAGCUUUGGCGAUCGCGGUUAGUGCGGUUUUUCUGGUUCUUGUUGGGUGAAACAAGAUGAACCAAGUGACCGUUCCUAACCAUUUUGGCCGUCCUAACGGAAAUUGAACGCGACUCAUUUACACCGGUUAUUCGACUGAGUGUCAGGUACCUUUUAGGUCGGGGGCUGCGCCAGGAAUGUGCCACAAAGUGAACGUCUGAUUGGCUGCUAGAUGCUUUCCCCCAGGUUUGGCAUCUUCCAGUUUCCUCUUCUGGGCUGACUGGGUGAAAAUAGUUUGUCGGUGACCUGUGAGGGACCUGUGACAUGUCAAAAUUGUUAGGCACAGUCUUUAAAUGAAGUGUUUCGGUAUGUCAGGAGGCGCGGAACUGCAGGCGGCGUGGUCGACAUCCCGUCGCAGUGGUUUCUGCAUGUUGGACACCGCGUGGUCGGUUUUUUUAUCCUGGCAUGCUCUUCCGUCAGCGCCCGAGGCGGACACUUCCAGGGCGUUAAUUUUUUGUUUAACGCGUUAAUUGUGUAUGCUGACCCGUUGGUAGACCAGGUCGGGUGUACAAGAAUGCUAAGAAACAGAGAACUAUCCAGAAGGAGCAGCUGACAGAGACGUUAGCACUUUUGGGGCCCCAGUACAGUGGAUCUUCUUCGACCCUCGGACACAAGGUUCAUCUCAGACUGCUCCCAGCUGUCGGGAACGUAGCAUUGGCGGGACACCUGAUGCUCAUGAACUCGCCUUUCAAAAAAAGGAGUCACUGUGGUUAGCGAGCACAGACCGAAAUGCAAUUUCACAAGCCGUGGACGGUGCAGGUGGCAUACGGAAUUGCUGUAGAUCCCGCGUAGCUACUGCUUGUGCACUUCAUGUGACCCAG